AUGUUUUUGGGUGUUGAUGGGAAGAUUCAAGUUUUACCUCCAUCGAAAUUCGAAGACGGAAGUGGGCAGAGCCUUUUGCUUGAAUCUGAAGCGUCUUUUUGGGUUCUUCCCACGCCAGAGACCACCGAGCAGCCGAAUCCUUACCAUCAAAACCUCGCAAAGGCCAAGCUUCGAUCAUUUCUCCCAGGAACAAGAAAAACGCUACCUCCAGCGACAGAGGGGAGAUCUCCAAACAACUCCUCCGCACAGCAUCAAGCGUUCGCAAGAUUCCUCAUUCCUCAUCAGCCAUGCAAUGCAGCCUGGGUCGUGAUUCGGAUACCCCAGAAACUCAUGCCGGGGGCUUGCUUCGAGUUGCCCAAUAGGGUAUCCCAUCUCAAGCGAAGAUCAGAACCUCUGGGUCCUUCAACUUUGUAG